GAGAGCGGCUUGGACCCGUCCAUCUCCCUGCGCUACUCGGCACGGAGACUAGACGCGCAGCGCGGUGGUAGACGAGGGCGCACAGAGUGUCUAUCUCUCUGAUCUUAUUUUUUAUCACACAGAGGAUCGUACACCUUUCAUUCCAGGAGGAAGCGGCAAGUUGAGUGACCGUCACCGCAUCCCACUGCAACUUGUCAAGGCACAAGAAGUUGGAGCGGAGCCACAUAUCUGGAGAGAGACUUAAUGUGGGAUGGCAUGAAGACAACCUGAAGGACCUGAAAGCCAUCAUUCACACAGAGUGGCAGCAAGGUCAUCUGGCUAAAGGAUGGUUUAUCCUGCUCUUGCCUUUUAAACACUGAUGGAGUUGUCAUGAUCGUCAAAGAAAUACCGUUGGACCUUUGAAGAAUGAACUUUCCAAACCACUGGAUUGUUCUGGAGGGAAAAGCUGUCGAAGGUCAAAAGAAAUCAUCAAGAGUAAUUUUAGUUGGCCUUUUCUCAGUUCAAGGAUUCUUCUUCGGUAGACAAAAUUAUUCAUGACUUUUCAAGGAGCUGGACUUUAGAACACUUUUCAUCGCGAAAGAAGUUCAAAAUAGUAAUUUUGAAACAAGCACCAACCAUUGGAAAGGACGAGGCUACAAGUAAAAUCAGAUGCACUGAAGUAGUAAAAAGGACAAAUUCAAGAAUGGAUGUACACCAUCAAUCUUCAGGGGCGUUUUUCUCACUCCAGUUGUAUCCCUGUUUCCCACUAGUUUCCCUACUGAUCAGUGAGACAAUCCUAUAAAAUCUGUUAUUUUUGUUGCCUUCAAAAAUCAGCUUGAAAGGCAUUAUCCUUAAGGUCAUAAUUUGAAAAAGUGCUGUGAAAGUUGCUAUGAAAGGUGGGGCAGAUACUUGAAAGAAUCAAAAUGACUGUUCAUGCUACAAAACAAACAGGCACUCUGCAGGUGGUAGGAAUCCAAUAUGCUCCAUGACGUACCCUGUAUUCAGCAGAUAACCUCAGAUAUAUUUGUGAUCUCAUGGAUUAACUUUUAAGUUCUUACACAAAGGCCUUUUUCAUUUGGUGUAAAACUACGACCGAAAAACAAAACAACUCUUCCUGUUCACAUGCAUCUUUUAUAUUACAUGUAGACCCAGGCUGAAUUUAUUUUUUCCUUUUCCUGUUUUAUUUUUAAUCAAAAUGGCUCUUUCAUGGACAUCAGGGGCUUGGACACUGGCAGCAUUGGGUUUUCUUAGCUGCUGUAGUUUUGGCUGGUGUGAGGCCUCAAGGACUAGUGGUUCGACCUCAGAAGGAAGUAGACAGGAGCAAGCACCCUCAUCGUUGGAACGAGUGAAGAGAGGAUGGGUGUGGAACCAGUUCUUUGUGGUAGAGGAGUACACGGGCACAGAGCCACUCUACGUAGGAAAGAUCCAUACAGACUCUGACGAAGGAGAGGGGAACAUCAUGUACACUAUCUCUGGAGAAGGGGCGGGCACUAUCUUCAUCAUCGAUGAGCAAACGGGAGACAUCCAUGCCACAGAGAGGCUGGACCGAGAAGAGAAGGCUUUUUACACACUUAGGGCCCGGGCCCGGGACCGGCAUUCCGAUGACCCUCUGGAAUCAGAGUCUGAGUUUGUCAUCAAGGUCCAGGACAUCAACGACAGUGAGCCCAAGUUCUUGGAGGGUACCUACAUUGGCAGUGUGGCAGAGCUGUCCCCCAUAGGAACAUCCGUUAUGAAGGUUACUGCAUCAGAUGCUGAUGACCCUGCAUACGGCAGCAGUGCCAGAGUGGUGUACAAUGUACUGGAUGGAGAAAAGAUUUUCACUGUUGACAGACACACAGGAAUCAUCAUGACAGCAGUGGCAGAUUUGGAUCGUGAGACGCAGGAACGGUAUGAAUUGGUCGUCAAGGCAACAGACAUGGCAGGACAAAUGGGCGGCCUCUCCGGCUCCACCACGGUGACCAUAGUGAUCACAGAUGUUAAUGACAACCCGCCGCGCUUCCCACAGAAGAUGUACCAGUUUUCUGUGUCAGAGGGGGCCGCUGUGGGGACACCAGUUGGACGCGUCAUUGCAACAGAUGCAGACAUGGGAGAGAACACAGACAUGAGCUAUCUGAUCAAAGAGGAAGGGGAGCUCUUCAAGGUCACCACAGAUGUAGAGACACAGGAAGCUGUUAUCUCCAUCAAGAAGCCACUGGACUUCGAGAGCAAGCGCACACACAAUGUUGUUGUGGAGGCAGUAAAUAAGCAUGUUGACCCUCGCUUCGUAGACCUGGGUUCCUUCCGAGACCAGACCAUUGUUCGCGUCAGUGUGUCGGACAUAGACGAGCCACCCAUCUUUCAACCAGCAGAGGGCACUAUCAUGGAGGUGCAGGAGGAUGCAAAAGUAGGAGCGACGGUUGGCAUCAUCACUGCCAGGGAUCCAGAUGUGAAGAAUAAACCUGUCAGGUUCUCCAUCGAUCGGACCACGGACCAGGAGAUGAUCUUUCAUAUCGAUCCUGGAUCGGGUGCCAUCACACUGGAAAAGAUUUUGGACCGAGAGACCGCAGGAUGGCACAAUAUCACAGUGAGGGCUGUAGAAGCAGAUAACCACACCAUGGCGUCCCACUCAGCAGUGAGAAUUCGUAUUCUGGAUGUAAAUGACAAUCCUCCUGAACUGGCCACACCGUACGAAGCCUCCAUUUGUGAAGAUGCCAAACCAGGCCAGCUAAUUCACACCAUCAGUGUGGUGGAUAGAGACGAGCCACAAUCUGGUCAUCGCUUCUACUUCACCUUGGCCCCUGAAGCCUCCAGCAAUCGACACUUCACCCUCUGGGAUGUCAAAGACAACACAGCUGGCAUCCGGACCCAGCGGUCAGGCUUUAACCGCCACGAGCAGAACGUGUACUUCCUGCCUAUCCUGGUGGUUGACAGCGGGCCUCCCUCCCUCAGCUCCACAGGCACCCUGACCAUUCAUGUCUGUGGCUGCGACACAGAGGGAGCCAUCCAGUCCUGCAAUGCCACAGCCUAUGUAAUGAGUGCCGCUCUCAGCCCCGGGGCGCUCAUAGCACUGCUGGUCUGCAUGCUCAUCCUCAUAGUCCUCGUCUUGCUGAUCCUGACCCUGAAACGCCACAGGAAGGGCCAGAGGAUGACGGAGGAUGAGGAGGACAUGAGGGAUAACGUCAUCAAGUACAACGACGAGGGCGGAGGGGAGCAGGACACUCAGGCGUACGACAUGAGCGCCCUGAGGAACCUCUAUGAUUUCCCAGAGGCAAAGAGCUGUGACUCUGGCCCGGACAUCCGCUCACUGCCGCAGUGGAUACAGUCGAACCGAGUGGGUGGUGGUGCAGAGGGUGCCGCAGCAGCAGCGGUGGCAGCGGCAGACUUCUCCGUAUUCAAAGGCUACAUCCGAAAGAAGGUGGAGCAGGCCGACGCUGACCUGUCGGUGCCGCCUUAUGACUCCUUCCAGACGUACGCCUUUGAGGGCACCAGUUCACCAGCGCUUUCACUCAGCUCCAUCCACUCGCUGUCCACCACCUCCGAGCAGGAUUUCUCCUACCUCAGCGACUGGGGACCACGUUUCAGGCAACUGGCGGGCUACUACGCUCCAGGAAACCCUGAGGAGGAAGGGUCCUAGCACAGCUUCUCCUCUGGAGAGAGACGUUUGAACUACUUCGUCCUUCUCUGCCUCCAAUGCUCACCCUCUGGCACUCAGAGCCAGCACUGUGUACUCCUGAAAGACCGAGCACCACCUCUUUAUCUCCUUUAAAGAAAAAUUCUAAUGUCAAACUUUGAACUCAAGAAUUUCUUUUUUUUCCUUCUUCUUUUUUUUUUUACACAGUUUUCAGACUUCAGCAUGAAAGCUCUAGCUGAUACGACGAAAGAGUAAAGAAAAUAUAUCAAGUCACCAAAAUUGCCAUUUAAUCUGAAGGGAUGAUUCUCUCUCUCUCUCUCCCAAAUCACAUAUUACAACCUUUAUUUUCAGCUGUGAGACUGUUCUCAGAGUAACACCAUUAUGUAGGUCGGGUCAAACUAUGCCAAGGCUAACUGUCUGACAAACGUGUAUUUAUUUGAGGAGGAAAUAUUUAUGUAUUUAUUUGUUUUUUUUAUGUAUUUAUUUAUUUAUUUAUCUACGCCAUGAUCACUAUGGCAACUGCAACAGUGAACUUUGCUGAAGUGCUAAAGAAAAAGUGAGAGGAGGAGGAGGACAUUAUUAAAAGAAUGAGAGACAACACGGACAAAAGAACAACAGACUGCAGUGGCAGAUGACUUCAGAAAACAGUCAAAGGGGUGACAUCUGGGUCAUACAAAAAUUGCAUUCUGGAAAUAUUUGUAUUUAUUUUCUAUAACCACUUUUGUAAAAUAACCAACUUCAGAGAUUGAUGAAAAGCAGAGGCAAGUAAAAAAAGACGGAACAGAUGGAAUGAAAUAACUGCAGAAGAAAAAAGCUGCCAGUUAAUCCUGAACGGUUGAGACUGACUUACUUUUGCUGUAUUUUAGUGAUUUAUGAAGGGUUUCUUGAAGGUUACAAACUGAGGACAAUUGUGUGUAAACUGUUUCUUUUCCUAUUCUCUCCCCAGCCAAUUGUAAGGCAAUAAGGCACAAACCGCAACAAUGAUUUAACACGUAACAAAAUUACUGUUUAAUGGAAUUGGCUGGUUGCCAGCGUUGACCCGUGGGAAGCCAAUUUUCAUUCCAGAUUUUGUGUGAGUGUGUGUACAAUAUGUUCAAUUAAUUUUAUAUCCUGAGACAUUUGAUUUUCUUUUUGACAUUUUAUUUCUUUGAGUGGAGGGAGGUGGGAACUAGUGACAACAGGAUGGUGGUGCCUAAUUAAGAGGGAGAGGUUUAAGGGUAACACAUGAUGAAUGGACUGGUCACAUCCACCUGAUAUCCACAACCUGUUCAAUGUUGACCUUAACUUGCAAAUGUAUUGAAAAAAAAAAGAAAAAGAAAAGAAAUAAAUAUUUAAUUUUUUUGGUAAAAACCUACAUCUCACUGUGUGCAAUAAACUUGAAUUACUGAGUGAAUUACUCAGCAAAUGAGAUCAGUGAUGAAGUAAAUCCAUGAUACUAAUUAUUUGUUGCCACUUGUUUGCUGAAGAUGUCUCUGAAUUAUGAAUAAUUGUGGAGCUAGCUCGCAUUUACACCCGGGGUACAUUCAGAGAAUGGGUCCUAGGUGGAAACAAACAGACCAUAUGACAGUGCCACAGCCAAACAAAGACUUUCCUCUCAGCAUGGCUCCCUCCUGGCUGCCUUCUGCCAAACUAUUGUAAUUGUCAUAUUCGCCAGAGGAUGCUGAGGCGUCCGUGGAUGCUUUCAUCUUCAUGAUCUGCUGCUAAAAUGGCCACUCACACAGUGGGAUUCACGUUGACUUGCUUUAAUAGCUGAGUUUCAAAGAAAAUGUCUUUAGUAGGUCUACUGUAUCCACUGAUUGUCUGCUGAGUGCCGACUAUACUGACUAGAGAGCUGAGCUCCAUUAGCCAUCACUUGUUAAACAAAAAGGAAGCUCUUAGAGUUAUUUUACUGAGCUGAAGUGGCAGCAACUUGGAAAAAUACAAAGUAUUGCAGCUUAUUGUCUAAUGUGACUAAUGCUGUGAAAGCUGAGGUUAAAGAGUAAGCACAUUUUCAGGGGAAAAAGCUCCCCCGGUUACUUCAAUCCUAUUUUCCCUGCAAACGGGCCUUUUUUUAUUCAUCUUACUUAAUUUUCAGGGAAAAUGUUAUUCCUCAGUUUCUUUGUGAUGUCCCGCACAUGUGAUCCUAUGAAUGCACCCCCCCCAACUCAAGGGCAACAUGCCCCUCAUAAGUUAUGUAGAUAGGUAUAGGUUUAGUAAUUGACAGUUCUCUGGAGGGACAACUGUGUGCUGUUAAAUAUCCUUUUCUCUUCUCUCUGGGUAAUGACGAUUGAUUAAACAUUGGGAGGGAAAUAUGAAUGUGUGCCACAGAAAAUAACCAUCAUAAAUAGCCCAAUAGUUUUAGUUUUCAGACACACUCAAAACAAUAAGGCUUUCACCUUCACCAAGACAAAAACAUUAAGUUAAAAUACCCUGCAUACACAAACUUGACUUUUACCACAGCAAAUGCAAGCUGAAUAAAUAAAGUGAGAUCAAACAAUAACAGGCAGUGGUCUUUCCCAGCAUGCAUGGCUUUGGACUGCAAGAGGAAAACAGAGAAAAUUGCCUUUGAGGCAACAGUACCCCCAUCAAAUAAAACCACAUCUACAAAAAUACGUUUGAUGCCGGUAAAAUGAUAUUGAUUCAGUUAUUGCCCGAGCUCCUCAGAUAGUUUGUUCCAAAUCACAGAGGCCCUGAUGGAAAAAGCCUAGUUACCCCUUCGUUUAAUUCUAAACGUUGGAUCAGCCAGAGGGGCCCUGCUGGAGGAUCAGAGGCUGCGCACUGGCUCAUAAAAGAGUACAAUGUGUUUAGUAUAGCCAGGGGCCAGACCAAACACGGCUUAAAAGGUAAUCUGUAAAAUGGUUAAGUGAUGAUUUUGCUUUUAGCAAGCUGCUGACAUGGAUACUUUUGAUUUAUUCUACAAUAAAGAGCUACAGUUGUCUAAACAAGGAUAGAAAUGUCCUAAAACAUCGUUUUUCCUAAGGGUUGUAAGUGUUGACCACACACAAAAUCAACAGCUUUAUACAGAUUUCACUAGCUUGCCGGUUUCUUCUUUUGCUUCUAUAGCUGCCACAACUGUGGCAAGUUUCUUUUCUUAGUGUCAUUGAAAUGAAAGGUUUGUGAAAAUGCAAAGACUCUAACCCUCUUUUCCUACAGUCCCUCUUCAAGGUUACUAACAGUGUUUCAUUGUUGUUCAAUCAAAAGGGACACAGAGUGUGAGGGAGCUACAUUCACUCCCUGACCUCUGUUCUUUGUUCUCUUGGUUGGGUGUGCUGCUCUCUUUCACAGUAGGACAUGAGGCGCUCCAACAUGUGUUAGCAUUUGGAUCGUACCAAGUGUGAUUUGCAAGAGUGAUGAAGCCAUGGGUUUUUGCCUUUAUGUUUCAAAUUUUCUUUAGACUUUAUGUAUUUUCUAAGAGUAACUGUGCAGUUAAAACUUAAAUGAAAAAUGUUUUUUAGUCAAGUGCUUUAAAUUGUCAGUUUUUGUCUGACCCUUGUUAAUGUGUAGGAGGUUUUGGCCAUGGGGAAUUUAAAGUUGCUGUGUCCUUCUGCAAAGGUCUGAUGUGUUGGAUGAGGGAACUCCUCUCUCUGCCUUUGUGUUUGUCCUCCGAUCAUUGCUUUGCUCAGUGAAGGAGGCAGAAUGAAAAACCAAGUCUCUAAAUUGUUGCUCUUAUUGUUAGAGCUCCAAUUUUCCCAGAUUUGCUGGCCCAAAAACCAAAUAAAAGGGCUUUCAAAUCCAUUCCCAACAUAAGGGUUUGGUGAUUACUACAGUGAAGCACGUUGGGUAUUGCAGGGAUCAUACGUGUGGCCCUUACGUUUUUAGAUUGUCAAAAAACCUACAAACAUUCCUCCUUUUAAGGUAUUUUGGUUACCACACAAUGUCAGAGAAAUGAAAGUCCUUCACUACACACAUUGAUAUGUAAAAAACUUUGCUAUGAUUAAUAUUUUUUGGAUAUGGUUUUACCUCUAAAAAAAAGGAAAAGUGUUUAAAAUUUGAACUCGAUAUUGGACCAGAUUGUGUGUGGAGAAGUGGACAUGGGAGAAAAAUAUAAUUUUGAACUUAGUGAAUAAUAUGUCUUGUAGCAUAAACAAAAAAUCAUAUGGAACCUCUAACAACCCCUAACAAGGUUGAAAACUGUAUUUUCAUUAGAGGGUUGGAGGAGGUCUUAAAGAUUCUAAAAGUUGUACCUUCACUUAGUUUUUUGUAGUAAAUUUAAAGUGCGUAGACCUGAUUUAAGGUGCUUUCACACUUAGCCUGUUUUGCUCAGUUAAAAAUAACUCUGGUCAGUUUGCUCAGAUACGGUUAAUUUGGGCUGGUGUGAAAGCUGUCAGUCGAACCCUGGUGGAGACCAACAACUGACAACAACUCAGCAGACUCUGGUGCGUUCAUUUGUGGUGUGAUAGAAAACUAAUAAACCACAAGCUUUUAUGACAGCAGACGUGUGAUUUUAGCAUGAUUUCAUAAGCAGAACUACUUAUAAAUCCAUCUGCUGAUUGUGAAGUCUGUUCAGGAAGCGAUCUUAACACUUAACUGUACAUCUGUGUCAUGUACACAACUGCUAUGUAUGGGUAGGUACUGAUGCGACAUAUCUUUGGAGAUUCUUGUGAUU